UGCGCGAGGACAACAAGGUCGAUUUAGAGUACGGAGGAUUCAUUUAGAAAGAUGAGUUAGGAUAUCUAAGGUUUUCGAUUUAGCGUAGUAUAUCUCACCUGUAGCGAUAGCUGGCAUAGUAAAGAAAGUUUGCAUGGGGUAAACUAAAAGAAGAAUUCUCACCUGGAAGCUACCAUAUUGUUUAAGGAGUUAAGUUCCUGGUCACAGGGCCAAAUUCUUCAAAGGAAACAUCAAGAUAGUUAUCAAUAUUAUGCCGAAGUCUAGCACUGACUAGCUUAUUACAAUGAAUUAUCUCACACAUUUGCGGAAGAGGAUUUCUAGAAGUGUUGGAAUUCGUCUGCUGCAGUUGAACCAACAACCCCUGUUGUUACUUUGUUUGUUGUUCGCAGGUCUGGCAGUCUGCAAAGCCAAUCUCUGUGAAGAUGUCAACGAGGAGCAGCUGGAAAAAGCCAUGAACUUCAGAUCCUUGCCUAAAGGAGGCGCCAGCGCAGGGUACUACUCCAAAAACACAGAGGCGAAAGAUUUAAAAGGAUGCGUGUUAAGCUGCUGUCGCAAACCAACUUGUAAUGUUGUGUUUUUACACAAGAAGACAUGUUUCCUUAUUGAGUGCAAUGCAACAGUCCCAGAUGCUUGUGAUCCUAUGACGACGGAUACGCCAGAGUUUGAGUCAAGUUUGAUGAUACAGUUGCGGUCUGUAGAUGAAACAAGUAAAGUAAAGGAAGAAGCAACCCCCAGCACUACCCCAUCUGACCAAUCACAAAGUGAGCAAACAACAUCAGCUGACACUAUCAGCCAAUCAAAUCCACAGUCAACUAUAAGCCAAUCAGGUGACAACAGUUCAGAAUUAACUGACCAAUCAGGAGAAGGGAAAAGGCGGAAAGAUCUGUCUUGUAUUUUUGGGAUUGACGAGUGUGAAAAGAAUGAGGAGUGUGUAUUAAAAAAUGGCCGUGCACGUCUCGGGAAGUGUAAUUGUAAAGAUGGCUUUUCUAGGGAUGAGGCGACCCAAUUCUGUGAAAUUGGUACAUCAGGUUCUACAGAACCUACUCCUACAAGUUCUGACACAGGAAGUAGCAACUCGGAACCAUCUUCAUCGACAUUAUCAACAACAACGGUAGCAGCACUUGCAGCAGCAUCAGUGACAUUGCCAUUGAUCGUUAAUGCCAGUUCUACUGCAGUAAAUGUGUCAACAACAACACUGCCGACAACAACAUAUCACUCAGUGGACGUUCCAUCAUCAACACACAAACCCAAAGUGCUCCCCCUUGUGGUGUCGGCUGGAACUAACAAGGACAUUCAGCUGCCGGAGAAUUCUGUGACCCUUACAGCAUUUGCCUUGCCUAAAGCCACCAAAGGAGAGAAGUAUAAAUAUGAGUGGUCCAUGGAGUCAGGACCCAGGGGGUCAGAGUCAGGGAAGAUGGUGGGGAAGAACACACCUACUCUUCAGCUCACGGAGCUGAUAGCUGGCCUGUACGAAUUCAAAGUAACCGUGACAGGAGAGGCAAAAUAUGGAGAAGGUCACGUCAAUGUCACCGUGCUUCCACCCAAGCGUAAAAAUACGCCCCCAGUUGCUGUGAUUAAACCAGCCAGUCAACGCAUUGAGCUGCCCAACAGUGCCAUACUGGACGGCUCAGGUAGUAAAGAUGAUGACAAAAUAGUCAGUUAUUAUUGGGAAGAGGUUAGUGGUCCACUGGAGUCCUCAGAUUUCAAAGACAGCGACAAACCUCUCCUCUCCCUGAAGAAUUUGUCACCUGGAGAAUACAAGUUUAAACUAACUGUGACAGAUUCUGAUGGUGUGACAGACUCUACCUAUGCAAAUGUUACAGUCAUAAAAGAAACUGACUACCGUCCCCAAGCCAACGCUGGUUCCACCCAAGUGAUCAGCCUUCCCAAGAACUCCAUUACGCUGUAUGGGAACGCCAGCUCUGAUGACAAGGGGAUUGCAAGCUACGAGUGGAUAAAAGCCGAUGAUAAGUUAACUGCUGACAUGCAGGGUGUCCGCACACCAUUCCUACAUCUGUCCAAUCUACAGGAGGGGGAUUACACCUUCACGCUAAAAGUCACGGACACAUCUGGACAGACAGACACGGCGGACGUCCACGUGUUUGUGAAACCAGAACACAACCAGGCGCCAGAGGCCAAUGCUGGGGAGGACCAGACCGUCAUGAUCCCUGAAAACCAGUCUACAACUCUAGAUGGCAGGAAGAGCACCGACGACAAGAAAAUUACUUCCUACCAGUGGAAGCAGAUAAAAGGUCCAAAUACAGCAGAUAUUAUCCAUGAAGACCAAGCAGUUGCCACGGUAACCAACCUGGUAAUAGGGGAGUACAUAUUUGAGCUGGUCGUGGCAGACAAGGAAGGUCUCACAGGAAAAGACCGAUUGAAGGUGCUGGUUCAGGAGAAGAAGAACCAGCCACCCGUUGCCAGUGCCGGUGGAGAUCAGCUGCUGACCAUGCCUGUGUCUCUGGUCAAGCUGGACGGCUCAGGGUCCAAGGAUGACCGAGCCAUUGCCUCGUACUUGUGGGAGAAAAGUGAAGAUAGUCUGGCUGCUGGGAAAAUCCUGAAUGGCUCUGACCACAUGCCAGUGUUACUGAUGACUGACAUGGUGCCAGGUCACUACAUGUUCACACUGACCGUUACUGACCAGGACGGCCUCAGCAGCAAGGACGCGGCCUCUGUGAUAAUAAAAGAAGAUGAAAAUUCUAAGAACCUGUUACAGAUGUACCUGGAUGUAGAUAUUGCUGUCUUUAAGGAGAAAAAUAAGCAAAACCUUGCCAAUCAGCUUGCCUUGCUGCUGCAGAAGACGCUGCCAGGGGGCGACACCACUGUGGAUAUUAGAAAUAUAGAGCAAGAUAUGAGGACGGGACAAGUAAUUGUGACAUUUCUGGUGAGGUCAGAGUUCAAGGACACUCAUUUGACCCACGCGGGGACGAAGAUUGUCAAAAUUCUCAAGCAGAGGCUCAAGUCAGAUGCGGAUGUAUUAGAGUUUGAAGUGGUGCAAUUAGAUACUCUAGUGUGCCAGAACAACUGUUCAGGACACGGGAGGUGUGACUCCUACACCAAGCAGUGUGUCUGUGAUGCUUUCUGGAUGGAGAAUUUCUUCAAAGCCGCACUGGAAAAAGAUUAUAAUUGUGAUUGGAGUAUACUAUAUGUAGUGAUAGUGAUAUUUGUGAUAGUCAUCACUCUAGCAGCCAUAAUAUGGGGAGUUUACUACUGUGCAAAAAGAUGUAAAACGCGGCCGAGGAAAAGGCACCGUUAUCAACUAUUGUCAGACUCUCUUCAGAAAGAUGAUAUGGAGAUGCUGCCAAAAGGCAAAAUGGUGAACGGCAAUAUCAUGGCGUCAGAGUCCGAGCUUAGCAGUGGAGAGGAGACAUUAUUUGUUAACCAGAAAAAACAGAACGGACAUGUCAGGAAACCAAUGAAUGGACUGAUUACAAGACAGACAAAUAAAAAUAUUGCUUAAGGGAGGGAAAAAGAAUACCAGAUGAAGACAAGAACACUGUAUAUUUCAGUAAGGAUGUGGCACAAGGCAGAAGAAUUAUGAUAUUAUUGCUCAGCCAUUCCACUGUAUAAAGAGAAACCCUUGGGAAUUUCUCAAAUAGAAAGGGAAAUGCAUUCAAAAGACUCAUAAGUGAUUAUACAUACAAAUGAUUUCAUGACAUGAAGAUGUUAUAAAACAAACACAAAAGAAAAAUAUGAAUGGAGCAGAAGAAAUUAUCCAGACAAAUAAGCACAUGCCAAAAGUAUUCUUUCAAAAGGAACCAUGGCGGAAUGAAACGGCAUGGAGCAGAAGCAGUUAUACAGACAAAUAAGUACAUAACAAAGAAAACUUGGUAGAUGUAUGCACAGGAAGAGUAAUUACAGCCUUAUAUGCAUAGAAUGUUGCCAAGAAUUGUGCAGGCGAUUGCAUCAGUGAUGACAGAAAUAUGAGUAUAGUGUCAUCAUGGUGUCCAAUCAGUGUAAUGUUGCCCAAACUUGGUGAAAGGGUACUCCAGAACAAUGGAGUGGUACUGGAGUACAUUGUUAUGAUGCGCUUAGUACAACUUAGGUGGUGCCUGAGCUACAUGUGAUGGUACCACCAGCAGGAUAUUAUGGUGCCUAGGCACAGCUUUAUAGAUACUGCAGCACAGUAACUAAUGGUGCCUGAGCUCAGUGUUAUGGUACAAACAGCAGGAUGUUAUGGUGCCUAGGCACAGCUUUAAGGUACUACAGCAUAGUAAUGGUGCCAGAGCUCAGUGUUAUGGUACAAACAGCAGGGUGUUAUGGUGCCUAGGCACAGCUUUAAGGUACUACAGCAUAGUAAUGGUGCCAGAGCUCAGUGUUAUGGUACAAACAGCAGGGUGUUAUGGUGCCUAGGCACAGCUUUAAGGUACUACAGCAUAGUAAUGGUGCCAGAGCUCAGUGUUAUGGUACAAACAGCAGGGUGUUAUGGUGCCUAGGCACAGCUUUAAGGUACUACAGCAUAGUAAUGGUGCCAGAGCUCAGUGUUAUGGUACAAACAGCAGGGUGUUAUGGUGCCUAGGCACAGCUUUAAGGUACUACAGCAUAGUAAUGGUGCCAGAGCUCAGUGUUAUGGUACAAACAGCAGGGUGUUAUGGUGCCUAGGCACAGCUUUAAGGUACUACAGCAUAGUAAUGGUGCCAGAGCUCAGUGUUAUGGUACAAACAGCAGGGUGUUAUGGUGCCUAGGCACAGCUUUAAGGUACUACAGCAUAGUAAUGGUGCCAGAGCUCAGUGUUAUGGUACAAACAGCAGGGUGUUAUGGUGCCUAGGCACAGCUUUAAGGUACUACAGCAUAGUAAUGGUGCCAGAGCUCAGUGUUAUGGUACAAACAGCAGGGUGUUAUGGUGCCUAGGCACAGCUUUAAGGUACUACAGCAUAGUAAUGGUGCCAGAGCUCAGUGUUAUGGUACAAACAGCAGGGUGUUAUGGUGCCUAGGCACAGCUUUAAGGUACUACAGCAUAGUAAUGGUGCCAGAGCUCAGUGUUAUGGUACAAACAGCAGGGUGCUAUGGUGCCUAGGCACAGCUUUAAGGUACUACAGCAUAGUAAUGGUGCCAGAGUGCAGUGUUAUGGUACCACCAGCAGUACACUGCUGUGAAGAUAAAGACUACUGUUGCCUGCCAGUUUCACCCACCAUGUAUUUUACAACCAAGAAAACAAUGGCAAAAUUUUAUAACUUCAGAUUUCAAAGUCGAUAUGUGGUGUGAGACCACUAAUUGUCAACAUGCUAAAGUUCACCAGGGCCCCACUGUUUAUCCUGAACAUGGCAUAAGCACAGGCUCAGUUGAAAGUGGUAUAUGUGAAGGUAUUGAAGUAGUUUAUAUAUCACAUACACCAUAACUGUUCAGGUUUGUACAUCAGAGGGAAUUCAAUGGAAACCUACCAAAAAAAUCUCCAAACUUGAAGCUCAGUAGUGAUGAAGUGUCAAACUGAUUUAUGUUUGAGGUGCAGCGUAAGUAAAGGUUUGGGUAACAAAGGCAGUUAGUGGAAACUUAACAAAUGGGAAAUGGUGAGCUUAUUACCAGUUUUGUCAGACUUGGACUACAAAUAAAGCUGAGUCAUGAUGCUGCAUAUAAACAACUGAACACUGAAUGAUCACAUAUUGCAAUGGCCUUGACCUUAAGUGAUCACGUGACAGGAAGUUAAUGCAAGUAGUCUAAGAUAUUCAAGAACUGCUGUAUACAAACUGAAAAAAAAAAGAAGUUAUAUCUGUAGUAUAACUUUUUUUUGUAUGUAAGAUGUUUGUGAAGUUUAAGCUUUUUUUCGUAUGGAAUAUGUUUGGUUGGUAAUACCUGCUAUGUGCUUAAGGGUAAGAAUUGAAAGUGUUUUACACAAAAAAGUUGAACUGUGCAUUUAUGUAAUUGAUAUGGGUAUGCUUUGUUAUACUUGGCUGGGUUUUAUGGGUAACAAAAAUAUUGCAAUAU